AUGCGCUUCGGCAUCCCCGAUCCCGACGACGAGGACUAUGUCGUCGACCUCGACCUGUCCUACUCCAGCGACGAGUCUGACCAUGUUCCCGACUUCAACCGUCGGCGAUACUCCAAGCUCGGCGAGAGCAUUCGCGACAUGCUGGCCCUGUCCGACUCGUCUGGCGAUGAAGAGAGUGAGGACGAAGUACUCGACCUUAUCGGCGGCAGCUACCUUGUUGCUUCCAGCAAGUCCUGGCGCUCGCCCCAGAAGGGCAAGGGCAAGGCCCGCGCCGAACCUCCACGUUCUGAGAGGUCACGGUCUGCCUCGUUGAAUACCUCAAACACCAAAGCGCUCAGCGGAUCGACAUCCAAGUCUCUCCAUGCGUCGACUUCAAAGCGUGCCGGUCCUAGUUGGAGGCGUUGGGAACCAUCUAUGCGCGAGCUCCUGCGCGAGGAGCCCAACGAAUACAACGACUGGGUCAAGGACACCGAGGCCGAGGCCUGGCGUGACGGUCACCGUGUAGCUGGCGAGCGCCGGGCACGACUGCGACAGAUCGAGGACAAUGUCCGCGCCGAGAUCCAGGCCGCUCAGAAGGGAAAGCGGCAGACCGAGGUCGACGAGCUGCAACGAUUUAUGGCUGGCCUGAGCGUUCAGCAGAGGAAGGAGGAGGAGGACACGACAAAGCGCUUUGCCGAGCGCGAGGCCAAGCUCUGGGCCGACGUUGACGCCGCGAUCAAGGAUGCGGAACGUCGAGUGGCCGAGGAUCAGGCAGCCCGCGCGGCCGAGGCGCUGAAGUUGAAGCAGGAGGAGGAGGCGCGCAUCGCAGCGGCUGAGAAGGAGGCACUCGCUCGCAAGGCUGAGGCGGAGCGUGCGGCCAAGGAGAAGGCCGACAAGGAGGCCUCCGACAAGGCUGAGCGUGAAAAGUCCGAAGCUGCUGCCAAGGCGCAGGAGGAGGCAGCUAAGGCUGAGGAGGACAAGCGCCUUGCGGCCCAGGCCGAGGGCUCACGCAACAUCACCGAGUGGGAGAACUGGGUCAAAGUGCAGAAGCGCAUGAAGGUUGAGGUCAUCGAGCCGGUCAAGGCCAACCGCGACGUCCGCAGCGGCCUGCGUAUGAGCAUGCGUCUCAUCACCCGUGGCCUCGGCCAGGUUGUCAACACCAAGCAAGACAUUCUCCGCGUCACCAACGAGAUUGAGAAGAUUCUCGUUUCCCAGCUUCCAUCUCCUCCGUCUGCAUCCCAGCCCGUCACCUUCGAGGGCCAGAUCCCGCCGGCAUACGGCUACAUUGUCUCGCACCUCUCCAAGGCCCUCAUCAGGCAGGCCGAGAGCGAGGUCAGUGCCAAGCCCGACGCUGCCUUCCCCCUCGCCCGCAUCGUUCUCGGCCUCAUCCUCCGUGGUCACACCGCCGUUGCGACCAUCUUCUUUGCACGUCUCGUCAAGAAGUGCCCAUGGGUCGUACCACACUACCCUGCUCGCACCACAAAUCAAUCACGCGAGGAGUACGAAAAGUCGACGGGUCGUGGAUCCGACGAGUCGAUCGCAGACUACAUCGCCCGUAUGGCCGGCAUCUCCACCCUGUACUUUGCAGUGGUGCAGACCUCGCUGUCGUCCAUUGUCCAGACGCUGCCCGCCAAACCUACGCCACAACAACUCGCUACCCUCGUGCCAGCUCCCUUCCGCCUGCCAGCCGCAUGGACGUGGUUGGCCGCCAUGCAGCGUGCACCCCUUCCAGGCCUGCCACCCAGCGCCCACCUUUAUGCCGUUGCGAUCGACACGGUCGGCCACGCGCUCCUCGCCGUCGUCCACCCCAAGCAGCUGGACAAGCUCCUCAUGUCCAUCAAGUCGGGUCUCGAGGGCGGCAAUAUUCCAGGCGACAGCCCGGCGGCCAAGGUGCGCCUCGAACUGCUCCUUGACGGUUGGCAGAAGAAGCACACUCUCAGCCCUCCCAAACACCGCGACUGGGAAUAG